UCUCUUUAAGCUAACGAAGAAAGCUCUGGUUCUCCAGCUUUGUGUGUGUGUUUUGCUAAGUCGUUGUUACGUACGGAUAUGGAGGCUGCAGCGAGAGAACACAUUGAACAGAUACGUAGAACAAAGUUCUCCAUUGGAGGGGAACAGAACCCAUUGACAGAGGAUCUUCAUAAUCAAGAACCUCUCUGCUAAGCUUUAUGCCAAGGAUGCACAUUUUCUCAUGGAACUCAUUCAGUGUUGGUCAGUCCACCAAGAAAGGCAACAAGAAACGUGGUUAUAUUGGAGAAAAAGGAAUUGGAUUUAAGAGUGUCUUUCUAGUUAGUUCUCAGCCAUACAUAUUCAGCAAUGGAUAUCAGAUACGGUUCAAUGAAGACCCUUGCCCACAUUGCAAACUUGGGUACAUAGUUCCUGAAUGGGUAGAGGAAAACCCAUCUCUUUCUUACAUAAAAGAAAUAUAUGGUUCUGGGACUACUCUUCCAACAACAACAAUAGUCUUACCUUUGAAGUUUGAUAAGGUCAAAUCUGUGAAGCAUGAGCUUUCAAAUGCUCAUCCUGAAGUACUAUUGUUCCUAUCAAAGAUUAGGCGGCUUUCAGUCCGAGAACAUAAUAAGGAUCCUAGGCUCAAUACCGUAAGUGCAAUUGCUAUUACAAGUGAGACUGAAUUGGUGGUGAGGAAGAACAUUGAUGCUGUAUCCUACACAUUCCAUCUCUCUGCCGAUGAAAAGGAUAAGGGUUACGAGGGAGAAUGCAACUACUUUAUGUGGAAACAAAAGUUUCCUGUUAAGCAGGAAAACAAAGUAGAAAGGAGAAUGGAAGUUGAAGAGUUGGUGAUCACAUUGGCCUUUCCUUUUGAAGAGCGCCUCCACGGGGGGAUGAGCUCACCUGGGAUCUAUGCAUAUCUUCCCACAGAGAUGGUUACCAACUUUCCCUUCAUAAUUCAAGCAGAUUUUUUUCUUGCCUCCUCAAGGGAAACUAUUCUCUUAGACAACAAGUGGAACCAAGGGAUUAUUGACUGCAUACCCUCUGCUUUCAUCAAUGCUUUUGUCUCACUAAUUAAAAAUUCUGAAAAUGCUCCAGUUUCUAGUUUGGCUCCCAUGUUCAAGUUCAUCCCCAUCGACAGCUCAUCUUAUCAACAAUUGAAUGUCGUCAAGGAGUCGAUCAAAUCAAAACUUCUUGAAGAAAGUAUUCUUUCAAGUGACUUCUUCAAUAAAGCUUCUUGAAGAAAGUAUUCCUCCAAGUUAAUUAUUAUUUUUAUUUGACUCUUAAGAAAUUAAAUAAUUUGUUGUGAUAUCUUGGAUUGUAUGGAUUGGAUUGGAUUGGAUGAGUGUCUAUUGUUGUGCUAUAUAAGUGAUUAAGAGAUGUUCUUAAUUAUAACUUUAUAAAGUCUCUUUUUGUAUUAUGGUGUAGUUGUGGCUACCAUUUUCCUCAAGUUGUAGCAAAUAAUAGUAGGGCUAGGUCGGUAACAUUGUGUAUCUUGGGGGCACUAUAUAAUGUAACCCAAUACUUGUCAUGGACGUCAAUGAUAUAAGUGGAGAAAAUUGAAAUA